GGCGUUGAAGAGACAUUUAGACCAGCACCAGCAGUGCGUUCCAGGCACCCACCACCCUCUUGUGUAAUGAAAGCUUGCCCCUCACUCACAUCUUUAACAUUGGUGUUUGAUAUACUAUUGCGCAUGUAUUUAUAAUCCCUUUUCCAUGUCCUGUCUGCAGAUGGCACCCAUUCCCAAUGAGGGGGCUCGACGAAAUGAAGUUGUGAAAUUCAUGGAGGUGUGGAAGAAGAGCUACUGCAGGCCGAUUGAGUCUCUAGUCAACAUCCAACAGGAGCACCCAGAGGAGUUUGAGUACAUCUUCAAGCCCUCCUGCGUGCUCCUCCUCCGCUGUGGGGGGUGCUGCAACGACGAGAGUCUGGAGUGUGUUCCCACUGAAGUACACAACGUCACGAUGGAGAUAAUGAAAAUCAAACCCCACCACAUGGAACAUUUAAGACAGAUGCACUUUGAGCAGCACAGUAAAUGUAUCUGCAGACCAAAGAGAGCAGUGGAAGAGACACCGCCAGAAAGUCACUGUGAGCCUUGCUCAGAGAAGAGAAAGCACUUGUUUGUUCAGGAUCCAAAGACCUGUAAAUGCUCCUGUAAAUUCACACACUUGCGUUGCAAGUCACGGGGUCUUGAGUUAAAUGAACGAAGUUGCAGGUGCGAAAAGCCCAGGAGAUGAACUGAGACCAGCUCGAUAAAACAACUUCAACGAGUUACUGUAAUCUUUAUCGUUUUUUUGUUUAAAGAAACCGACCUGUUUUACCUUUAUUGAACAAGACAUAAAUGAAGGAUAGGAGCACAGCACUUUCAAUUUGUUUGCUACUACUUCUGAAAAGUUGAAACAGUGAGCACCGUGGGGAACCACCGUUAGCAAAUUGUGGUGGCUAUUAUUCAUGUAAAGGGUUAGUAUUAUUCAGGAUACAUGCUGCUAAAAACACUUGAUGAAAGUACUUGGGGAUGUGAUGGAUUCCUGGUUCAAUUUAUUGGGUCACCUUUAAAAUAAAAUUGACACGUGUAUAUAUAUAUAUAUAUAUACACACAUCUACAUAUAUAUAUAUAUAUAUAUAUAUA